AUGGAGCUUGCGGACCGGGCGAUGGGCCCCCUCCUCCGCAAGCUCGGCGACCUGCUCGUGGCAGAGUUCACCCUGGACAACCGCGUGAACAAGGGUGUCAAGUCCCUCCUUAUGGAGCUGGAGAUGAUGUACGUCGUCCUCUAUAAAGUUGGUGACGUGCCGGCAGAGCAACUCGACCCGCAGGUACGGAUCUGGGCAGGCAAGGUCCACGAGCUCUCCUACAACAUGGAGGACGCCGUGGAUGCCUACAUGGUCCGUGUCUACGAUGGCGGCCAUGGUGAACUGGGCCCCAAUAACAUGAAGAAUAGAACCAAGAAGUUCUUCAAGCGAACCAAGAAGCUGUUCAGCAAGGGCAGGGCUCUCCACCAAAUCUGCGACGCUGUCCAAGAUGCUCAAAGGCUCGCCAAGGAGCUGGGUGAGCUCCGUCAAAGGUAUGGGUUCGAGGCAUACGCGGAUAGUGUGGGGAAUGCCAUUGAUCCUCGCCUCAAGGCUGUGUAUAGAGAUGUCACGGAGCUUGUAGGCAUCGAGGCCACCCGGGAUGAGCAGAUCGAAAAGCUCCUUGAUGGGGAUGUGAAGUCCAAGCAGCAACUCAAGACACUGUCUAUUGUUGGAUUCGGUGGAUUGGGGAAGACCAGCUUUGCCAAAGCGGUGUACGACAAGAUCAGGGCGCAGUUCAGUUGUGGAGUGUUUGUUUCCGUGUCGCGAAAUCCUGAGAUCACAAAGAUUUUUAAGAAGAUGUUGUAUGGACUUGACAUUACUGAGUUUUCAAACAUCAAUGAAGCUGUUAGGGACAACCAACAAUUCAUCGAUGAACUGAGAAUAUUUCUUCAGGAUAAGAGGUAUGAAUUCAUUAAUAUAAAUUCCAUCUUUGCUAAUAUAUACACCUCUCUGUUGAUAAAAUAUUAG